UGUGGACAGGAAAAUCACUCUCGUUGUCUACAAUCAUGGCGUCUCCCAUAUACCUGAGAGGUGCCCAAGGCCUGUGGACUAUAGAUGGUGCCAAAUUCAGUGCAGAUGCCACAGCACAGAUUGACCCGAGCAACUCGUGCAAGUGUAUGGUCUUCUCAGACGAUGGCUCUCUCUUUGCUUGGUGCAACGCUGACAGCGCGUUCAUUCUGGAUACCAGAACCAUGGAAGUCGUGCAUGACUUGGGUCUCCCGAAAGUGGUGGCCAUGAAGUUCUCGCCCAAAGGCACGGUGUUGGCGACGUGGAAUAACUAUGCAGUGACCCGAGACAACGCACAGGGAAGCCCCAACCUGCGUUUGUACGACGUCAAGUCGGGAACCCUGAAGAAAGCUCUCAUGCAGAAGAAACAGAUCAACUGGGAUCCGGAGUGGAGCACUGAUGAGAAGAUUUGUGUGAGGAAUGUUAACAAUGAGUUGCAGUUCUACGAAAACAACGACUUUGAUACUAUUGCUAACAAACUCCACCUGCAGAAAGUGUCCUCGUUUGGUUUGGCUCAAAGUUCUUCCCCGUGUGCUGUCGCUGCGUAUGUGCCAGGGACUAAGGGCCAGCCAUCCUUCGUGAGACUGUACCGCUAUCCCAACUUUGCUGGCAUGCAGUCCACCCUGGCGAACAAGAGCUUCUUCAAAGCUGACAGAGUCCACUUUUACUGGAACAAACCAGGCCAGAGCCUCAUCGUGUUGACCUCUACAGAAAGCUCGGAGAGUUCCUACUACGGUGACCAAGGUCUGCACUUCCUCAGCACCAAGGGAGAGAGCUGUCUGGUGCCUAUGCAAAAAGAAGGACCAGUGUACCAUGUGGAGUGGGCGCCGAACAGUCAAGAGUUUGUUGUCGUCCAUGGUUAUAUGCCUGCCAAGACGACAAUCUACAGCCUGAAGUGUGAGCCCGUCUUUGACUUCGGCACGGGGCCCAGGAAUGUGUGCGCCUUCAACCCACAGGGAAAUAUCCUGUGCCUGGCUGGCUUUGGCAAUCUGGCCGGGAACCUGGAGUUCUGGGACGUGAAGCAGCGGCGACAGAUCAGCAAGACCCAGGCGGCAGACACCACCCACUUUGAGUGGUCACCUGACGGCCAGCACAUGCUGACCUCGACCACCGCUCCACGCCUGCGGGUGGGCAAUGGCUAUCGCAUCUGGCACUACACGGGCACUCUAAUGCUGCAGACGUUCACCACCGACCACGCCGAGCUGUGGCAGGCCAAGUGGCGACCCUCGGCUCCACCGCCCGCCGACUUCUCCAUCAGCAGCCGUCCGGUGGCCACAGAAGUGGUUGAACAGCCCAAAGCUAAAGCAGCGGCGUACCGUCCCCCCCACGCCAGGAACCAGGGCGCUGCGACUGUUGCCACCAAACCUCUGCAGGAGUACGAGCCUCCGUCCAACGCCAAGGCUCAGGGCGGGGACAAAGCCAUGAGCAAGAACCGCAAGAAGAAGGAGGCAAAGAAAGCCAAGGCUGCUCAGGAGGCCAGCAACCCCAAGUCCGGCGGUGAGUCAGAGUCUGGCUCGGCUCCCGCAGGGGGCGCUGCCUCGGCCCCGGUGAACGUGGUCAGCACAGGCGACCUGGACAAAGACAAGAAGAUCCGCAAUUUGAAAAAGAAAGUCCAGCAGAUUGAGAAUCUGAAGGAGCAGCAAGCUUCAGGAAAACAGUUGGAAAAGAAUCAGUUGGAAAAAAUCAAGACCCUGGACUCCAUAUUAAGUGAAAUUGAGGAUCUGGAACUCAGCUGACAUGGACAUCUUGGGAAAUAAUUAGUUUUGGAAAUGUGAAAAUUAACACAUCCGCAAAUGUAUCAUCGAUGUCCGACUCAAAACGUGUAUGCGCGUGAGCAUUGAUUUUCAUAAAAGAGGGGGGGAAACUUAGUUUUGUAAUUAUUUUUUGGGUUGGGUUAUUUUUAUCCACCAAGAUUGCUCAAAAUAUAGUUCCAAGUGUUUUUUUGUUGUUGUUUUUUUAAAAACAUGUAAUAGUAUAACCAAUUGUAAAUAUGGUUGUGAAUUAACGUAAUGUGAGAUGGAAAAAAAGUACCUGACCUAAUUUGGCGGACACACGUUUAGAGUCGUACACCGAGGAUUUCGUGUUUGUACAUAUGUACAUGUUCAGAGGAUGGUGGCUGAUCAUUAUAUAUCUUGUUGUUAUUUUUCCUUCAAUACCGGACCCUCAACCCCCACACCUCACCCCCCUGCCUCCCACUCCACCCCUUAGAAGAAAUAAAUACCACCACCACCACCUUGGUACACCUUGUUAACUAGGUGUCUUGUUAAUUUUUUACUUUGUGUCAAACUCAUAUUUGGGCAUUAUGAGAGGCAAAUGUUGAUUGGUAAGCAUUUUCAUAUAUAUCGGAUCUAUUUUAUAAUUCUUGCAAAACACAUAUUUGAGCACUAUAUGAGAGCCAUAUGUUGUUUGGUAAGCAUUGAAAUAUAGGAUCAAUUUUAUAAUUCUUGUAAAACACAUAUUUGAGCACUGUGAGAGACAAAUGUUGUUUGGUAAGCAUUGUAAUAUUAGAUCAAUUUUAUAAUUCUUGUAAAACACAUAUUUGAGCACUAUAUGAGAGCCAUAUGUUGUUUGGUAUGUUGUUUGGUAAGCAUUGUAAUAUUAGAUCAAUUUUAUAAUUCUUGUAAAACACAUAUUUGAGCACUAUAUGAGAGCCAUAUGUUGUUUGGUAAGCAUUGUAAUAUUAGAUCAAUUUUAUAAUUCUUGUAAAACACAUAUUUGAGCACUGUGAGAGACAAAUGUUGUUUGGUAAGCAUUGUCAUAUAAGGUCUAUUUUAAGUGAGGCACGCUUUCCAUUUAUAAUUGUUUGAAAUUUGAAUUUGUUCUCCUGAUAUAAGUUGUGAAGGACCCUGGUGAGAACUGGCAAUGCUAAAUUUAGCAGAAUGAACUGUUCUGAUUUAAUGACAAGAUCUGUAAUCAUUUUAAGUUCCUUUUCUUGAACUGUUUCGGUAGGACAGUUUUCUUUCUUUGCAUGCCUCAUGUGUGCCUUUGUUUUUCUGUGAUUCCUUUAAACGACUAGUCUUAAUAAUAAUAGAUAGAUAGCAUUUGUAUAGCGCAAAUCCCCGCUCAACUGCAAGCUCUAUGCGCUUAACCAUCUGUACUAGUAUUGUUAGAUUUGAGUCAUUGUUGUCCGGGCAGUGUGUGGUACAAGGUAGCUGCUCUUUUAGUUUCUCAGUUCUUGAGUUAAGACGUUUCCCGGACUCACUCUGUGAUGAAUUGUUGUCAUGCCUAGCGAUGGCUGUUUUAUUUUACUUUGGGUUUUGUUUUUAAUGUUUUAAAAAUGAAAAAGCAGCACUGGGUGUGUUUUUGUGUGUGUGUGAUAGCUCAUGGAUCUUUUGUUAAAAUUAUUGUUCGGCUUGUUUUUAGAUGAUCUAUGAUCAACUGCCAGUUCCUGUAAUGACUGGGUUUUUUUAGAAGACCGUAGUCUUAAUUUUUGUUGAAUGAGAGAAUAAAAAUACAAAGAUGUAAUGUCAUCUCUAAUUAUAAAUUA